UUUAAUUCUUAAAAUAUGCCUUCUGUAUGAGUUUAAUUCAUGAACGUAUAUACAAGGGAGCUAACUUAUUUAACAUGCCUUUGAUUGAUGCAAUUGAUUAUGCAAUUAGAAAUAGUACUCAAUAAUUCUAAUCAGGAAUGUUUGCAACAAAACGACACUCUUUCUUCUAUUCCAGACCAAUCUUUUGCUCUUAAAGAUUGUCCUCCUUGCACCUAUUGUAAUGCAAGGCGAUUCCAAUAUGAACCACCUGGACUUUGUUGCUCAUCUGGUCAAGUUGUUUUGGUGUCUAAUGAAAUGCCUUCACUCUUGAAACAAUUGUUUUGUGAGAAAGAUGAAGUGUCACGUCAUUUUCAAGCAUGUGUUAGAAGGUAUAACAACACAUUUGCAUUUACUUCAUUAGGCAUACACAACUACGACAAACAAUUAUCUAGGAGGAAUAAAGGGAUCUAUACAUUUAAGGUUCAAGGACAAAUGUAUCAUUUUAUCAAUGAUUUGGUGCCAGGGGACCAACCUCCUAAAAACUUGCAAUUGUAUUUCUAUGAUACUGACCAUGAGGUUGAGAAUAGAAUCAAAGGGGCAGAACGAAUGAAUGCAAGUGUUGUUGAAAACCUUAUUGACGUACUUGGAAGCAAUCCGUAUUCACAGUUCUUCAGAAAUCUCAAGGAUAUAUCAAGUCUUGAUGAUUGUAAUAUUCUGAUUCGUUCAAAUGCAAGUCUAGAUCAACGUGUUUACAACAUGCCUACCUCUUCUCAAGUUGCAGCAACUUGGGUAGAUGAACAAGAUGGUAGUGGUCAGAACAAUCAUGAUAUUAGAGUUUUUGCAAAAACUGGCCAAUCACAUUCUGUGAAAUACAAUUACGGUUGUUAUGAUCCCUUGCAAUAUCCUCUGUUGUUCCCCUACGGAGAGAGUGGUUGGCAUGAGGGUAUAUCUAAGGUUCCUAAAUCUUAUCAAAAUAAUUAUUCUGUUUGUCAAGGUAUUCUCCAGCAUCGGGGGUUUUCUUCAAUACAAGCUUUGUUAAACAAAGAGAACGAAAACUUUGUUAGUCAGAGCAAGCAGAACACUGUUUCAUGCAGAGAAUAUUAUGCUUAUAGUUUUCAAAUUCGACCAAAUGAUCAAUCUAUGCUCCUACAUUCAGGAAGACUCUUUCAACAAUUCAUUGUUGACACCUAUAUCAAAAUUGAACAUGGCGCACUACCAAAUCAAAAGAAGAGGAUGUGUACUGAAGGUGAAGAUCAAGAGAAUGACAAUGCCCCCUUCAAGAGGAUUAAGAAGGCUUAGAGAAAUUUAUUAAACCAAAUGUAGAUUUUAUUUACACUAUUAUUUUUAGA